AUGGCCGGUACACUGAGAUCCAGUAUUCUGCGCCACAUUCAGGUCCCUGUAUCUCGGACCCUAACCCCAAAUGGAUCCAAAGUGGCCGCCGUCCGAUCAAUGUCAUCGCACGGCGACGAUCAUCUCGACAAACAAGAGGUCAUCGACCGAGUCCUCGACGUCGUCAAGAGCUUCCCCAAAGUCAAUCCCUCUAAGGUGACUCCUGAUGUUCAUUUUGAGAAGGACCUGAGCUUAGAUAGCUUAGACAAAGUCGAAAUUGUAAUGGCUCUUGAGGAAGAAUUUAAGCUGGAGAUACCUGACAAGGAAGCUGAUAAAAUUGAUUCCUGCCCUCUUGCAAUAGAGUAUAUAUAUAAUCAUCCAAUGGCUGGCUAA